GUGUGAUUUGAAAAUGACAAAUUCUUGUGCCUUGAUUUUACGCGUCCCGUGCCAGCUAACCAUAAUAAACCAAGUACAGUAAAUGUGUUUCAGUAAGCAUUCGUCCAGCCAGAAAAAAUAAUUAAUGAUUCAGAACCUGGGUCAAGGUGGGCUUUGUGAACCGCCGCAGGGAUGGUUCACUACAACCCGCUACUCCAACAAUGAAAAGACUAUUCCUUAGUUUUCUGUGGCCUCAUGAGAAUGACCACCACACUGUGCCUAAUCAGACGGGACUCUCAAACGUUUUUGUAAAGGACCAUUGCCAUCCCGAACAAUACACGGCUAAGAUGUGUAGGAUGGAACAAAGACCAAGGUUAUAUUGCCUGCGGUGGAGAUGACGGCUUGCUGAAAGUGCUCAAGUUAGAAGCAGGUAAAGACACGAAGGUCAAAGGGUUGGCAGCUCCAUCCAAUCUGUCUAUGAAUCAGACUCUCGAUGGCCACACGGGGACAAUACAGGUAGUGACAUGGAAUGAGAGCCACCAGAAACUGACUUCCUCCGACCAGAGUGGACUCAUCAUAGUCUGGAUGCUGUAUAAGGGCUCUUGGUACGAGGAGAUGAUCAACAAUCGUAAUAAAUCUGUUGUGAGGGGAAUGGCCUGGAACAGCGAGGGACAGAAGAUAUGUAUUGUAUAUGAGGAUGGUGCCGUGAUAGUCGGCAGCGUUGACGGCAACCGCAUUUGGGGAAAGGAACUCAAAGGCCAGCACUUGAUGGGAGUUGAAUGGUCUCCCGACUCACGUCUUCUCCUCUUUUCCCUUCACAAUGGGGAGGUUCAUGUGUAUGACAAUACUGGAGGCUUCGUUAGCCGGCUGAACAUCCAGUGCCUGGGAAGCAUGGGCCUCGGAGCAAUGGUAGUCGGCCUCACUUGGUACAAUGGGCGAAAUGGCUAUGUAGAACCUGACUGUCCCACCCUAGCCAUAUGUUACGACAACGGCAGAAUGCAGAUCAUGAGGACCGAGAGCGAUGACAUGCCCGUUUUGAUUGACACUGGAAUGAGUGUGUGUGCCUGCCAGUGGAAUCACAAUGGUUAUGUGAUAGCAGUGGCAGGCACCCUCCAUCUGUCAGGCAUGGGAGAGAAAGACUGCAAUGUUGUGCAAUUUUAUACUCCAUUUGGUGAGCAUCUGAGGACCCUAAAGGUGCCAGGGAAGGAGAUAACAGCUUGUUCGUGGGAAGGAGGAUCCCUUCGUAUAGCUUUAGCAGUUGAUUCCUUUAUCUACUUUGCAAACAUUCGUCCUGACUACCGCUGGUGCUUCUUUGCCAAUACUGUGGUUUAUACAUACACUAAGCCUGAACGCACAGAAACUUGUGUGACCUUCUGGGAUACCAGGAAUAAUGAGCAUUUUAUUAAGCACAUCAAGUACCUCAUGGGCAUGGCAUCGAGUGGAGAGCACUGCGUCUUGGCUGUGCGCACUGAUGAUGGGUCUGGACAGUUUGGGCUGAUCAUCUGCAAUGCCAUUGGAACUCCUGUUGAUAGUAAAUACAUAGACAUCGAGCCCCAUUACCUAUCCAUGACCAGCAGUUACGUCUUUGCUGCAUCCAAGGAGAACUUCUAUAUUUGGCACUUUAAGACUCCCAAAGCUCAUUCAUCAAUUGAAGUGCCUGGAUCGGUGAAGGUAGACCGCCAAGAACGCCUGUACCAUAUUGAUGACACACCCACUGGUGUCAAUGAUGUCUUUAGGGAAGGAGAUAAACUUUUUGAGGCAACCAGCGACCCAGUCUGUUGUCUGACAGCAAGUGAGCGAAUAUUAGUGAUUGGCAGAGAGUCAGGAGCCUUGCAAAGAUAUGCUCUGCCUCAUGUUGCCCUGACUGCGCGUUACACCUUGCCAUGUCGUCCACACCGUUUGGCACUGAAUUGUAAUUCUACGCGCUUGGCUAUAGUUGAUAUCACAGGCUUGCUUACUUUCCUGGAUCUAGAUACACGUACAUCGGACAAUAAUGGGAAAGAGAUAAUGGGAUCCAUUCUGAAGUUUGAACGCAAGGACGUUUGGGAUAUGUGCUGGGCUCACGACAACCCUGAACUUUUUGCUAUGAUGGAAAAGACGAGGAUGUAUGUCUUUCGCAACAUGGAUCCUGAGGAACCUAUUGCUAGCUCAGGUUAUCUGUGCAGUUUCCAGGACCUUGAAAUACGUGCAGUACUCUUGGACGAGGUGAUGCGAGAACCUGAAGCACCGACAACUGACCACUUGCUCACAUUGGAGGUGAAAAGUUUGCGCGACACCCGAGACCUUUUAGAGAAAGUGUCAAUCAAAGAUGCAGCAGCAUUCAUUGAUGAGAACCCACACCCAAGACUCUGGCGUCUCCUUGCUGAAGCAGCUCUCGAAAAACAGGACCUUAAAAAUGCUGAAGCUGCAUUUGUACGUUGCAAAGAUUAUCCAGGAAUCCAGUUAGUUAAGCGGAUAUCAAACAUCCAAAACGAAACUUUGAGGAAAGCAGAAGUUGCUGCCUAUUUCAAAGACUUUGAUGAAGCUGAAAGGCUGUAUCUGGAAGUUGAUCGCAGGGAUGUUGCAAUUUCUCUUCGUCGUAAGCUCGGAGACUGGUUCAGGGUUGUGCAGCUGCUCAAGUCUAGCUCCUCUGGGGAUGACGUGAAGAUGGAGGAAGCCUUGAAUAACAUAGGACACUAUUAUGCAGAUAGACACAAAUGGGAUGAUGCAGUGAAGCACUUUGAACCUGCACACAACCACGAGAUGCUGGCCAUAUGCUAUUACCAGCUGGAGGACUUUGGAGCUUUGGAGUCGCUCGUGCGCUCUCUGCCUGACAACUCUACACUUCUGCCUGCCAUUGCUGAUAUGUUCACAAGUGUUGGCAUGUCCCAGCAAGCUGUAGCUGCUUUCAUGAAGUGCAGUCGUGUGAAGUCAGCCAUUGACACGUGCGUAGCCCUGAACCAGUGGCACGAAGCAGUUGAGUUGGCCAAGCAACACAAUGUCACUGAGAUUAGCGCUCUCCUGGCCCGCUAUGCUUCUCACCUGCUGGAAAAAGGAAAUCGUCUGCAGGCAAUAGAGCUCUACCGUAAAGCUGACAAACUGUUAGAUGCUGCUAAACUUCUGUAUGAGAUCGCAGAUGAAGAAGGAAAAAAGAAGAGCCGUCCACUGCGCGUGAAGAAAUUGUACCUUCUUGCAGCCCAGCUUGUUCAGGAACAUAAUGCAAAAAUGAAGACUGCUAUGAAAGAUGCUAGUGGUAGUCGAAGUGCAGCUCUCAUGGGACUGUUUGACGAUGGGAUGAGCGGGAUAGGGAAUGCAGAGGAGGGCGGAACUCAGUCAAAUUUCCUGGACAACCCGUGGAAGGGAGCUGAAGCAUACCAUUUCUUCUUGCUUGCACAGAGACAGUUAUAUGAAGGUUAUGUUGAUGCUGCUAUGAAGACUUGUCUUCACAUGAGAGAAUAUGAAGGCAUACUUGAUCCAGAAGACAUUUAUUCUCUCUUGGCGCUAGCUUCUUGUGCAAACAGAGCUUUUGCAACAUGUUCCCGUGCCUUCAUUAAACUAGAAUCUCUCUCUGGGACUAAGAAGGAAGCUUAUGAAGAUCUGGCAAUGAAUAUUUUCAUGAAGUACAGCCCAAAAGAUUCACGCAGCAACCGGGCAGAAUGCACCAACUGUGAAACCAUGAUUCCUGAUUGGAUCAGCAUUUGUCCAAGCUGCAACAACCGCUUUUCAACAUGCAUUGUAACAGGACGGCCAAUAAUGGACACUUCAUCGGUGUGGACCUGCAAGUCAUGCAAGCACUCUGCAAUGGAGCAAGACAUGACAAUGCGUUCUCACUGUCCCUUGUGCCAUGCUGUCAUUAGCUCCCACUAAGGCAGGGAAGGUGUGAGAGUGGAGAGUGUUGGUUUGUUGACUCAAAAUAAUAUUGUAUGUGUUUAUACUUGUGUGCAAGCAUUUUUUUUUUUUUUGUGUGUGUGUGUGCAUGUGUGUGUGUUAGGGGUAGGGGUGCUGAAUUAAGAUUUUCAUAAGCCUCAAUGAUAUUAAGACCCCACUUGACAGCAUAUUCACCAAAUAAUUUAAUGCAGUACAGAAGUAUAAAAUCUGAUGUGAUUGAGUAUCUAAUAAGAAAUUUUGAACAUUUGAAACAAAGAUAUAUAUAUAUAUAUUUGAAAAUUCUUGUAAUUUAUUGCCUCCUCUUCAGUAUCAAUGAAUACGAAUAGGAUUAAGUAAUAAAAAGUACCUUAUCAUUAGUUUAAUAUGGAGAAACUGUGAGUGCAUACAAUGUCCACUGUAGUUUUAGUUUAGUAAUAGUGUUUACACACAAAUGGUUCUGAAGUGCUUUGUCACCAAAAAGUCAGAUUGAUAGGCCAUAUCACAUGUUCAUGCCCUUCUUUGGAUAUUUAGAGAGUUUCUAUUACUGUUGUCAUUUUCAUAUCAUUACAGCAAUAAUGAUGCUCAUAAGCAUCAUCAUCCUCAUAACUAUACUUAUUAUUAUUGAAUUAUGAUAAAAAUAGCAUAAAUAACAGUGAUAAUAGUAGAGGUAAUAAUUUUGAUUAACAACAAUGCAGGGAAUGAGGCAGAAAGGUGAAAUCAAAUAGGCUUAAUCAUCAACCUUUUUGGUCACGAAUUGCAUGUGAAGCCAUCUGCUGGUGAACAACACUGUCGAAACAAAACUGCAGUACAGUGUGCAUGCCUUUUGGUUUGUAAUACCCUGUAAAAAAGGGGUUUAUGUAUGAAUGUCCCACACAAGUGCACUUGUUUUUGAGAAUGUAAAUAUAUACAGUA